AUGGAUGCCCAGGUUACCUUCAACACACGGGUCAAUGGUGAUGCGUGGUGUGUCAACGACUCGACACCGCAUUGGGAUGGUCGUGAAUUCUCUCGAUGCUUCAUGAGAAGGUGAGCAGCCCUCGAGCAUUCUACACACCCGAGCCAUUCUCGACCGCGGAGACGUCCGUUUCAAGACAUCAAGAUGGACAAGUGAAGGCACGAUGAUUUGUCUCGGAAACGCGACGUGAUGUAUGACCGGUGGAAUCACCUUGCGACCUGGUCAUAGCGACAGCGUUGGUUUCAGAGCUGGCCUUCGGAGUGACCCCUGCACUCAACUUACAACCGAUCGUAUGGAUCAGGCUCACUCAAGUUGUCGACCACUCCGAAUGGGCGGGCUGUCAAAUCUGAGACUCAUCCGAUCUACUAGCUGACCUUGCUCCCCCGUGAUUCCUAUCUUGCCCUAGGACGAUCGAUGGCCUGAUCCCCCUAGCCUGUCUGUCGAUCUCGCUCCUAUCGGCCUUGCUCAUCACGCUCUUCCACCUCUACCUUGUCAUCUCGCGCCGUCGUGCCCGAAAUAAGGAGGCCGUGUCGUCGAGCCGAGACCGGACCCCACAUCGCCGACGAAGGUCCUCGAUCGCCUCGCAAGAGAUCAAGCGGGCCGGCUUGUCCGCGAUCACCGAGGCCGAGAACGAAGUCAUCCUCGCCGUCGUCCGAGACGCGUCGCCCGAUCUGAGUGCGAAAGAACUCGAGACGCUAGCGGGCGAAACGGGAUCCCCGUCGGCAAUCGAUGACGAGGACGAGGAGCUCGAACGAGCGACGCUCCAGCUGGGCGCGGGCAUGGUCGUGUCGGCAAUGUGGAGCAAUAAGAAGGAUGUGCUUGGGUUGCUGGGCGCGGCGGGCGUGUUAGGUCUAUCUGUGGUCAAGAUGCUGGCUGCGACGGACGACGGGGCCAACUGGCUUGUCUUUGGUGUCACGACGUGGGUGAGUAGGCCAGUCUUGGGUUCGCCGUACCCCGGAUCCAGGUCGCUGACUUUUCUUGAAUUGUAUGGCUUUCAGAGCUGGAUGACGUUGCUGAGUCUGAUCAAGCUCGCGAUCUCGGUCUCGCGCAAGCUCGGGUCGCUGCAAGCCCCUAACCGACCGCAUCGGGGCCUGCCGCGCGUCUACACUUUCCUCGAGCUCAACCUCAUCCCGUGGUUGCUCGUGUACCAGGUGAUCGCCUUCCAGGAUGUCUACGAUGCGCUCACCUCGUCAAGGCCCUCGACGGCGCGUGAGAUCAGGAUUGAGGUCGCUCUUUUCGCUCUAACACUCGCCAUGACGGCCGUGGAGAUGUUCUCGCCGCGGCCCUCCCGCUUCACAUCGAGGUCGGCAAAACACAACCAUUCUUCGGCAGAGUCGGGGAAUCUCCCGCCUUCACAUGAACUCAACGCUUCGCUUUAUUCGCUUCUGACAUUCUCCUACGUCGGGGGCUUUCUCUUUCGCCAUGCUCGCACCACGAUCCAGCGCGACGAUAUCCCGGACCUGCGACCUGACGACCGAACUGCGCGUGUCGUUUUAAACUUUCGACGCGACUGCGGGCACCUCAGACGUAGCUUCCCCAAAAGAGCGCGUUCGCUUGGCAUGACUGUCAAGCUGCUCUUCCACUUCCGGAAGUUGCUCAUGGCCCAGCAGCUGUGGGCCUUGAUCACGGCUCUUUCGCGCGCGAUCCCUUCGCUCUUCCUGCGCGGGUUGCUCAACGAAAUCGCCAAACGCACCCGCGGCGAGGAAGCGCCCGUCCAUGUGGCUUUGCUCUUUGCCACUGGCAUGUUUUUCAGUCAGCUCAUUUCGACCGUGGCGGCCAGCCAGGCGCUCUACAUCGGGCGUCGUAUCGGAAUCCGACUUCGUUCGGUCCUCAUUGGCGAAAUCUUCACCAAGGCUUUGCGACGCAAGGAUCUGGCCGGCUCGUCUCAAGAAGACGCUUCCGAGGACGAGACCGGUGAAGCAAAGAAAGUUCGCGACGAGCCCGAGCUUAAAGAGAUCGAAGAAGAACUUGAGCGUGCAUCGUCGGGCAAGAUUCUCAACCUGAUUGCCAUCGACACGUUCCGCAUCUCCGAGGUGUCGUCGUACCUGCACUUCAUCUUCCCUGAUCUCAGUCUCGAAAUCGUUAUUAUCGUGAUCCUCCUCUUCCAGGUGCUGGGUUGGGCUGCCAUGGCCGGAGUCAUCGUCCUCGUCACGUUGGUCCCGAUCCAAGCCUACCUCGCUCGCCGUUUCAACCACUUCCAGACGAAGCUUCUUGCCGCAGCGGAUGCUCGAAUCAGUCUGGCGACCGAGGUGAUCACAUCCGUGCGGAUCGUCAAGUACUUUGCAUGGGAAGAAAAGUUUCUUGCCAUGAUGCACGUCACUCGACUGAAGGAGCUCGACGCCCUUUGGUCCCGGGCCAUGGUCAUCGUGUCGUCAAGCAUGAUCUUCAACGGAGCGCCCGUCAUUGUCUCACUCGCCACUUUCGUAUGCCAGACCAAAGUUCUCAAACGGGAGCUCACUGCUUCCGACGCCUUUACCGCCCUGUCGUUGUUCAACGUGCUGCGAGGCCCUCUAGAGGGUUUUCCGGACAUGGUGGUCUCCGUCCUCCAAGCUCAUGUCUCGCUCAAGCGUAUUGAUGAUUUCCUCAACGAACAAGAGACGGCCAAGUAUGCGGUUGUCAAGGAGCCGCGCACGGGUUCGGACCCGAUCGUAGGCUUCACCGAUUCGGCGAGCUUCACCUGGGCCGACGAGGCUGAGGCGAGGGAGGAUCUGUCCGUGUUCCGCAUCCGCGACCUGAACCUCUCCUUCCCCGUUGGCAAGUUCUCCAUCAUCUUGGGGCCCGUCGGGAGCGGCAAGACCACGUUGCUCAUGUCGCUGCUCGGCGAGACGAACCAGCUGUCGGGUAGCGCGUUCCUGCCUUCGCCCGUCGGACGCUCGACGGGGGAGGAUCCGGCGAUCCUGACCGAUACGACGGCGUAUGCGGCGCAAUCGCCGUGGCUGAUGAGUGCGACGAUCCGCGACAACAUCCUGUUUGGCUCGCCGAUGAACGAGCGGCGGUACAAGGACGUGCUCGAGGCGUGUGCGCUCAACCCGGAUUUGAAGCAGUUCGAGCUCGGCGAGGACACCGAGGUGGGCGAGAAGGGGACCGUGCUGAGUGGCGGUCAAAAGGCUCGACUGUAAGCCUUGCUACUUCGAAGACUGAUUUUAGUAUAACCACGAUUGACAGCUCUUUCACUCCACACCUCCGCAGUGCCCUUGCGCGCGCAGUCUAUUCGCCGGCUCGCACCAUUCUGGGUGACGAUGUGCUGAGUGCUGUCGAUUCGCACACGGCGCAGCAUCUUGUAAACAAGUGUUUCAAGGGGCCGCUCAUGCGCCACCGCACGAUCGUGCUGGUCACGCAUGCCGUCGACUUGUGCCUCCCCGUGGCCUCGUAUGUCGUAUCGAUGGACGCCGGUUCCGUCAUCUCGGUAGGUUCGCCGGCCGAGAUCUCACUCGGGGAGGACUUCAUCGGCAAGCUCGAUCCGAACGCGUCUCACAUCAAGGCCUCGAACCAGAACGAGUCCCAGGUUCUGAUCGAAGCCAUUGCCGAGGGCGAGACCGACGCGGUAGUGCUUGCUGAGCAGGAAGAGGACCGCCGCAGGCGACAGGAAAAGCUACGACUCAUCAAGGACGAGACCAAGAGCGAUGGCGCAGUCUCGGCAAAGGUGUACCUUAUGUACCUCCGCGCGAUGGGUGGUUUCAGGAUCGCGUGCGUUUCGCUCUCGCUCUUCGUCCUUGCGCACUUGUCUGAAAUUGCUGUGUCGCUGGCAUUACGAUGGUGGUCGUCGAGCUACGACCACCAUCGCGACGUUUCGACUUCGGCGCACAUCAUGUCGACGCUUGCGAUGUCGGCCAAUCGAUGGGCAUCCCUCAUUCAGACGGUGAAGCACACUCUUCUUUGGGCACCGACAUCGUCGUCUGGGAUGAGUAUCAGCUCGCUCGCACAAGAGCAGCACUCGACCGACUAUUGGAUGAAGGUCUACUGCGUUCUUGUCGUCAUUAACCUCGUUCUGUACGGGGGGCGCGUUUUCUUCUUUUUGUGGCGCGGCAUUAUCGCGUCGCGUAUCAUCUACGAAACGCUGGUGAUUCGAAUUUUGCGUGCGCCUAUUCGAUUCUUCGACUCGACGCCGCAAGGUCGCAUUCUCAACCGACUCAGUAAAGACGUGGAGACCAUCGACCAGGAUACCUCGAAUUGCUUGAUGUUCUUUUGCGUCGAAAUUCUCGGAGUGUUUGGGAUCAUCAUCACCAUCUCGAUUGUUCUUCCGGUCUUCCUGAUCGCGGCCUUCUUUAUCUCCAUUGUAAGCAAUCCACUACAGUCCCUCCGCACGACGCGCACUGACGAAUCUUGUUUUGCCUCCAGAUUUACAUGUUUAUGGGAUGGCUCUACAUCUGCUCAUCGCGUGAGCUAAACCGAUUCGAUUCGGUGUCCAAGUCGCCAAUCUUCUCCAUCUUUGGCGAGUCGCUCGCCGGCGUGAGCACGAUCCGCGCGUUCGGCGACAGCACGCGCUUCAUGCGCGACAUCUUCAAACUCGUCGACCUCAACAACCGUCCCUUCAUCGCGAUGUGGCAGGCCAAUAGAUGGCUCUCGUUCCGCGUUGACGUCGCCGGCAUUGGUAUCACCGUCGCGGCUGCGGUGUUGAUCUUGCUCACGCCUAGCAUUGAUGCGGGUGCGGCGGGCUUCAUCCUGUCGUUCACGAUGUCGUUCAUGGACCGGAUCCUGUGGGCAGUGCGCCUGUGGUCGAUGGUCGAGAUCAACGCCAACUCGAUCGAACGAGUACAGGAGUACCUCGAGAUCGAUCAGGAGAAGCUGGAUGGCGUGUCUCCGCCUGCGGUCUGGCCAUCUCGUGAUGGCACGAUCGUGGUCGAAAACCUCACGGCGACCUACUCGUCUAAUCUGCCUCCAGUGCUCAAGAACGUCAGCUUUUCGGUCGCGCCCCGCGAGAAGAUCGGUAUCUGUGGCCGCACGGGUGAGUGUCGGGUGAGUGUACCAAUCAUCAGCUUUAAACUUAUCCUUACUCUUUCGCCCCCACUGUAGGCUCGGGCAAGUCGACGCUAGGCUUGUGCUUUUUCCGCUUCAUCGAGGCGACCUCGGGCCGCAUCGUCGUCGACGGCCUCGACAUUGCCAAGCUCAACCUCUCGGAUCUUCGAUCGCGCCUGACGAUCGUCGCGCAGGAGAGUGCGCUGUUCGCGGGCACGAUCCGGUUCAACCUCGACCCGUUUGAGCAGUUCGAGGAUAGCGACGUGUGGGACGCGUUGCGCCGCGUGCAGAUGGCCGCACCGUUGACCCCGAAGCCGACUCCCGGUGCAACCCCCGCUGGCUCGAGUCGAGCGGCGAGUCCGACGGAGGAUGGCUCCGGGGAGUCAGAUGGAUCUGACGAUGCGACUGCGACCGCGACACCGGUGGAAGGGCUCGAACGCAACAUCGUGAAGUCACUGGACAUGCAAGUCAGUGAAGGCGGCAAGAACUUCAGCGCCGGCCAACGCCAACUGCUGGCUCUGGCCCGAGGUAUCCUGAAGCUGCGCACGUCCAACAUCCUCUUGUUGGACGAGUCGACGGCCUCACUCGACCAAGCGACGGACGAGCAUAUCCAGACGACGAUCCGGGAGCAGAUGUCGGAUGCGACUAUCUUAUGUAUCGCGCAUAGGCUCAAGGUGAGCUCAAACCCCCUUGCCCGAGAGAUGUAUGCAAUCGUUGAACUAACUUCUUCUUUCUUGUUGCAUAGACCAUCAUCGACUAUGACAAAAUCCUUGUCCUCGGAGCGGGCGAGGUGCUCGAGUUUGACACGCCAGCAAAUUUGAUCAACGACGAGACGUCGGUCUUUGCCGAUCUGUGUCGCAAGUCGGGCGACUUUGAUGAGCUGAAGGCCAUGGCCGAUGGCAAGGUGGUUCUGUAGUACUGUUUUCAGUUGGAGAUGUAUAGUGAAAUAAUUCAUUGUGGUUUUCCUUAAAUUUGACUCGAACCAUCCUAAUGAGACCUCAUCUUUAGGAGGGUGCGUGCUAGAAUCCGAAUCCGCUCACGCGAGUCGAUUCGCGCGAGUGAGCGGACUCCGAUGCUUGACCCGCCCCCACAUUCACCGUCCAUUCCUGCCUGUGUCGCAUAACUGUCGCUCAGCGGCGAUAGAACUCCAACCGCUGAAAAAACGUCGAACUAGAGUAAUCGGCGUCACUCGGUCCGUUCCGUCCCCUUUGGGAACCUCAGCUUCACCCAUCGUUCAACCUGGCUCCUACAUCGAACGUCCGGCUGUUCGGGCUGGGCCUCGCCCUCGCUUUCGCCUCAGCCCUCUAUCCCCGACUACCCUAUUACCUCCCAUCAGGUGUAUCCUCCCUCCUCCCCUUCCUAGGUCCCGAACAACACCUCUCGAAAUGGCACCAAGCGCAAACGUUCCAAAACCUCUUGCCCCAUCCCGCGAACCAUGACCCAUUCGACGUCAAGGAGCCCGAGGCCGAACGACAGAGAAGGUUGUUGAGUGAGGACGGGGAGAACCAGAAGAGGAAGGAGGAGAAGAGGUUGCAGAGGGAGUGGGAGAAGAGGAUCGAGAUGGCGGGUGGGGAGAAUCGCAUUCAUCCGGAGUUGCCGGCGUACUUUGUGCAGGGUAAGUCUGGAUGAUGUCCAAGCAUGCAUGCACACAUCGGUGCUGAUCGAUCGUGUGUCCUUCAUUGUUGCUUCGAAUAUUGAUGGUUUGCUUUGUUGUGCGCUUUGCACGCAACGCGAUCUCAUCGAAAGCUCCUUCGAUUCGAGGCCUUGAUCGUCGGUCCCCGCUCGGCCAAACGCUGAGCAAGAUCGGCGACGAGAUCAUCCAUCAAGUCAAGCCGAACACCAUCCUACUCCUUGUACCUGUCGAGUGAGUUCAACCUUUGACAUGAGCCGACUUUUGCAAUGGCUCGGAACACUGAAUCCGCAAAGCAUUUCGCUUCCUUCAACUCGCGUAGAACAACCCAGCCUUUCCUGCAGGUCUCCACGCUCGAGUCGUUGACCUACGUCUCAUCCUCGGGAGUCAAAGCUCAGAUAUCUGGAAAUCCUUCACUGGCGCAGUCGUUGAUAACGAGCCUAGCGUACGCUUCUCCCGCCGUCCCAGCCGUUUCGAGCCGACAGAAUCUGCACGACAGUGUCGCCCCCGUGCUCGAAACGAUGUUCGGCACCAUGUUGAACGUCAAGGUCGUUCAAAUCAGCGUUCCUGUUCUGAAUCAGGGGGCUUGGGAUAGCGAGAAGUAUUUUGAUAUAGGGCAUGCGCUGUUGAAGCCGAGGCAAGAAGAACAGGACGUUGUCGUUUUGGCGCUUGGAAAACUUGGCGCCGGCAAGGUCAGUGCUUUUCACCCCGAUGAGCCGGCACUCGUGUCUUUUAAUCGAGCUGACGCUUCAUUCGUACCUGUCAGAACCUCCCUCUUCUCGACGACGCGCUCGCUCACCACACCCACCAUCCACGAUUCACAUCCCUCCUCUCACUGAUCCACGCCUCGUCAGGAAAAAAACCUUCGCGCGCCGUGCCCCGAUCACUCGCAGCGAUAUAUACUGCCGUGGGUGCAGCUGGCGAAGGGGAAGGAGCACGAUUGGACGAACAAGGGAAUUGUUGGCGUUUUGGGGCUGUGCCGAUGACUAAGAAUCCGAAAUAA